GGCCACUCUUCAACUCGCUCCCAACCUCCAACACGAUGGUCGCUUCGUCCGAAACCCACACGUUUGUCAAGGCGACGCUCGCCUCGCACGGCGUCACGGUCUUUAGCAAGACGUACUGCCCGUACUGCACGCAGGCCAAGUCGGUCUUGGCGUCAGUCGGCGCGCCAUACCACGUGAUUGAGCUCGACGUUGUUCCGAAUGGCGACGAAAUCCUCCAAGCGCUCAUUGAGCUCACGGGCCGCCGGACGGUGCCCAACGUGUUUGUCAAGGACGUGACGAUCGGCGGCGGCUCGGACGUCGCGCAGCUCCAGCGCGACGGCAAGCUCGUGCCGCUCCUCCAAACCGCUGGUGUCCUUGUCUAAUUUACGUAACCAUUGCUCGCCUUUCCACAUAU